AGGAGACUUAAAGAGAUGCUGCGCAGGAGAUCCAUUCAGUGGCCUAUUUUUAAAGAUGGUCGCAAACGAAGCCAUGGCCAACACCAAGUUUCACAGUCCAUCUCUUCUAUUUUUUGAUACGUUUCAACAUGCAGGAGAACUUGAGGAAAUGCAUCUUGACCUGGUUGGUUUUCCCAGACCAGUUGCAAUCCAGGAGGUAAGAGUAAUUCCUCAUGGAUGCAGAAUUCACACAGAGAUCAAAGAUAAGUUUGGGGAGACAUCACCAUCUUCAUUCAAGCUAGAAACCUUUGUGAAGAAUUUGAAUAGACCAAAUGCAACAGUCUUUGAAAGACUUGGAACAUUGGAGUAUAAAGAUGGAGAGUCAUUUCGCCUUGUUGCCAAUUCCAAGUUGGCUACAAAUGUGGUACUUCUCAGAGGAUGGUACUCCACUCUGACAGUCUGUCUCUAUGGUGAAUUCACAGAAGUUGUCAUUGACAACAAGCAAGUGCCGCCGCCACCUCCUCCACAGCAUUCAAUGUUUGGGUUAACCCAGCGGGAUCCAAUGUCAGCAAUACCAUCGCAAAUUGCUGCUGUAUCAAGAGAAGUUGACCUUAAUCGUGAAAGAAGAGAGCUUGCUGCCAUUGGAAUUAGUGCUGGAAAGUCAGAUUACAGUGUACCAAGAGACACAAGAGGCUAUUACGAUCAGAAACAUGGUGACCAGAAAGAUAAGAGCGAGCCAAAUCGUAGAGGCGAUGAGCAGAAGGACAAAGAUAAGCGCGAUGGCCAGCUUGAUGGUAGGGAUAGAGAGAAAGAUAUGGGUGCAGAGAGAAAGGACAAGAGAGAUGGAGGGGAAAGAGGACGUGGUAAGGGUUAUGAUAAGCGUAAGCAAGGCAGCGGAUCUGCAGUCAAGUCAAUAGGCGAAACAUCUGAAUCCAAAGGGUUUACUAAAGAUGGAGGUGAGCGAGCCCAGGACUCACCUCAAGCUGGUUUGGACAGUUUAUUUGAACCGCUAAGCCCUGAAGAUUCAGAUUUCAUUGACAUUGCAAACGACGGUGCUAAUGACGAGAUUGGAUACGAAGACAUUGAAAGUGAUGAGGACAAUUUUGAUGACUUUGACUUUGAAGACCCAACCGACCUGUCCAGUUUUCAAGAGCUUGAAUUUUACGGAACUGAAGACACGUGGAUGUCGGUCUCUGUUAGUUUCAACCCGUAUCAAUGUGAUCUGUCAACUCUUGAGUCGUUUGAAGUUCCUGGCCUCUCAGAGUUUGACACUGCACAUAAAACUGUUGAAAAAGAACUUGAAGGAGCAUCUGGGAAGGAGGAAGUCACAGGGGCCUCUGAGGCAAAGCAGCUACUUGCCAUGGUUAAUGACUUAAAAGGGUCUCCAGUCAACGCCAAACUGGUUUCUGCAAUAGAGGAUAUACCCCCUCUCUUACCCCAAGGAUUGGCAUACUUGACGUGCAAAGGAACCCAUAAGGAUGCCCUUGACGUCCUCGUCAGAUGGUCAAGCCUCUUUUUGGAUGUCAAUGAAGCAAUGAAGUUGCCCGUUGGGGUGAACAUCAGACAAUUAAAAGCGGGAGUCAAGCUAGCCAGCCAUCUUUGCAGAUGCAAUGAAGACAUCUCAACGAAGAUGAUGGAGGCUGGAAUUCAACGGCAACUGGUAGCCUUGCUGAAAACCGAGAACAUGGCUUCUUCUAUCAGGCUGCUUGUCGUCCAAGCUUUGGACAGCACCACUGACAUGACGGCAGGAAUCGAACACUUCCUUGGCUGGAAUAUCAAGAAAGAGGAAGCAAAAGGUGAUAGAAAAGGAAGUCCGUACGAAGAGAUUGUCCAGUACCUCUUGACUGAACCAGCUGUUCGAGUUAUCACUGCAAUCAAGCGGCUGCUUCGAAAGGCCCACUUCUACGAGUCACUUGCCAGUCUUCAAAGCCUUGCAGAUCGCUUGUGCAAUAGCAUGAAGUCAGAAGCAGCGGAGGAGCAGAAAAAAGUAGAUUUGAAGAAGGAAGAAGAUGAUGCUGAAAUAAAGAAAGAGAAUGGGGACGAGAAGGAGAAGAACAUGGUGUCAGAUAACAACGAUUUUCUCAUCCCUGAAUUAUUUUUUUCAAAUGACGACUUGGAGAUAGUGAUGUCAGCUUUGGACGAUAUUCAAAGUGUGCUGAGCAAUGCCCAAGAACUUAUUUCUCAGCCUGCGCUGAAGAAUUUUCCAACAUCUGCAAAAGUUGUUGACAUUCCUCAAAACGACUGCCGUCCGACCGUCUUCUCACUUUUGCGCAAGAGGCGAUUCCUGGAAGCUAUACUAAUACUGAUUUCUUCUCCUGUGUUUUGUGAACCAGCGAUUUUCUCGAAAAUCAGAGAUCUUCUUUUCAGCUUGCUUGAUGAUGAAAAAGGCUUGGUUUUCUUGGCCUCGGAGCCAAACACCAUGAAUGGCAUGAUCAGAAUCCUUACUCAGUCUUCAGAAGCCGAAAGCCAUUAUAGUGAAGCUCCAUCUUUGAAAGAGCUGAAAAACGAUUCAAGUGCAGCUGAGAACUGCGUUGCACAUCACCUCGGGUUGCUUCUAAUUUACCACUUGCAGAGUCUGCAAGGCAUUGACCAACUGAUCAGUGCUGAAAAAACAGGUAUAUCUCCCAAUGAAAUGGAUGAUGCCGACAAUUUGUCAACUCUUCACACAUUGUAUUCAAUGACAUUCACUCCCAUAGGUAAAGUUGCCGUGACGUCAGUUUUAUCCCAACGAGAUAAUCUGCGCUGUUUAAUGCCAUUUGUAGAACAUACAGAAGGCGAAAAUGAAGGAAAGACCCGGCGCUCAGUUUCCAGUAAAUACGCGUCCGUUUUGCUGCUUUCAACAAUUCAAAUCUCUGAAAACAUCAAAUCGCUAGAAAAGUUUGGAAGUAAGUUGCUUGCUGUGCCUAAAAAGGAGGCUGACACAAUCUUAACUGAACUUGGCCACUACCUCACUCCAUUUGAUCGGAUAAUCAAAGUCGAUUUGAAUGCAAUUGCAAACUUAGUGGAAUACAUCAAAGGGGAGCUGGAUUCAUUCAAAACAAACGCGAACAGUCCCAGAGGAAUUCACACGGCGUUAAGGCUGCUGAAGUAUAUUUGCAUCGCCCCAAGCAAUGAGCAGGGAGCUGAGCAAAAGGAGCUAAAAUGGAGCCUUGCAAUCAUCCAGUUAUUCUCUGCCAAUGCCAUCGAUACAUUCUUGCAGCUGCUAAACAAACUCGGCGAGCGCCUUGUCACACCCUGGAGACAAAACCAGGCGUUUUCCAGUCACCACUGCUUUGUUCUUGUCAGCCUAGCUGUGCCAUUGCUUCAACUCAUUCACGCAAUGCUUCGUGAGCUUAUCGAUAGUGGAAAAGUCCCUUUCAAAGAUGCAAGGCUUUUGCAUGGUGUGUUUGUCCUGCACACGAUUUUGUGCUCAAGACCAGUUACUGGGCAGCUCGUCAGUACCAUUUCACAAGUUCAGUCAGAAAUCGUAUCAAUACUGCUCAAAUUUACCUCCACAACUGCUCCUGAAUCUCAAGAUGUUUUGAAGGCAAGUUCUUGGUACCUCAUGUUAAAAGAACUUGUACAAUACACGUGCUCAAAGCCUCAGGCAUUUCUCAGCGGUGUCGUGUUAUUGUCAGAGCUGUUGCCGGUUCCAUUUCCCGUUCAUGCCAUACAGGACCUUACCCCUGAUGACAUCAAAGCCCUUAGUAAUCACAGGAUUUUGUGGAUGGUUCAUAUUGGCGCGCUUGGAGAUGAAAUACAGUCUAUGCUCAAAUCACUUGUUGGUUCCUGCUGCACGUAUUUGCAACAUUCGCUGCGAAAGCUUUGUCUUCAGUUGUGUGAUCUUGGAGCCGUUACUGCGCUAAGUACAAUACGCUUCCUCUGUGAGGCUUUUGAAGACGAAAUUGGAAAAAUAUCUCGAGGUCAAAAGGAUGAUGAAGAGAAAACAGAAGGGAAAGAGGACGAGCCAUUUGAGAAUAGUUGUGCCGCGAGGGUAGUUUCCUUGCUAUCAUCUGCUGUUUCGCAACCUGGUGGAAAACUGGCAUUCUUGCAAUUAACACGACAAGGAGAGGAGCAAGAUUGUGAGUUCGGAGAGCUGAUGCCAAAAAUUCUUGAGCUACUCUCUACCGAAGGAAAAUCAAGCGAAAACCCAGUUCUCAUUCACGGAAUUCUGGGUCUUCUGACAUCUCUCUGCGAUGCGCAAAUAACUAUCAACGAAUUCCAAGACCCAUUUAAGCCGCAAAACCUCGCCAAUAACCUGCCACAUAGCAGCGUGAUGCAAUCUGUUGCAAGUGCCGUCCUCUCGUUCGCUUGCAAUGCCACACAGUCAUACCAGCUGAUUCCACCAGCCAUUCGUGUUCUCAUGAAUUACACAGAUUUUGAUUACGGAAUGCAGAUUCUUCAAAGAGUUCUUGAUGAAGGUCAAUUCAGCAUUGGUGACGUUUUGAUGAGAUUAGAAAAUGAAAUAUGCAACAAAGGAAGCCAGGAUGACGCACUGAAUUCACUUUCGACUCUGCUAGAUUUUCUGCGCCUGUUGUUGCCACUUUCUGCUAUUGCAAACGGCACUGAUGGUGAACAAAGAGAGGAAGGGUAUUCUCAAUCGAACCGAAAACUUCACGUCUGUCCAUCAAAGCUUAAGGGCUACCUCAACAUUGAUAUUAAUUCAGAAAGUAACCCCAUCCACAAACUUAUCGAUUAUUUCAAGAACGUUGACAAAGACGAUGUGAAUUCUGCAUCAGUUCUUCCGCAGCUGACUUCAUUCGUUGAAGCAGUCCAAAGUGAGGAUGAACCUUCUGGGGAUAAAGAUGAAGUCAUCGUUCUUCCCAACCCCGAAACUGUUCAACAGCUCUUCACUGACAGAGUCCAUUUUCUCACUGCAAUGGUCGACGACGAAAGACUUGAACCGAUGCUCUGGUUUCUCUCGCCCCCACCAGAAGAUAUUGAUGUCGAUUGUGACAUGGUCAAAGUUGAUUUGGAAGCCAUUGCCGAGAAGUACUGCCCAGGUUUCAAUUUGAAAGAGGAAGUCGAGAAAGGUUUCACAACAACAGAUGAUGAUAAAGCCAAGAGAACGAAAAGGUCAAGAAGAAAGUUCGAUCCCUUGGUACAUGGCAAGGAUCUUCAUGUCGAUGAUCUGAAGAGACAGAGGCUUGACGUUUCGUGGCUGCAGCGUGGUCGUGGCAACUUUCGUGGUCGUGGUCGUGGCUUUGGUCGUGGAUACGUCGAUUUGUUCCGCUCAAGAAAGCAGAACACAAGUCGACCACCUUCUAUGCACGUGGAUGAUUUCAUCAUGAUGGAGGGGAACGUUGCAAGUCCGUCUGACGGCCAAAAUAAACAGCAGAUAAAGAGCUCAUUUGCUGCACCAGUAAGGACAGCAUCAAGCGAACCCCGUUUCACUGGAGGAUUCAGCGACUCCCAAGGUCGAUGGGCAUCUCCCGCGACAGCCUCUUUUAGGAGGGAGGGUGAACACCCACAAGUUAACAGAGGAGGAUUCGGUACAUGGGGAGGCCAGGCUGGAUUUACGCCCCAGUACAGUCGAGGAGGUGGAUUUCAACGUGGAGGGUCCAGUUGGAGUCCACAGAUAGCAUCACCGUACAGAGCACCCCGCGAAUCGCAAUCAACGUAUCCACGGAGCAGUUUCAGAGGGGGUUACUGGGCCGGGCCGAAGCCAAAAGAAGACAAUAGCCGUUUCUUCGCCGGUGGCGCGUUUGCUGGUUACCGCCAAAACCAAGGCAACGAUCGUGACGGAUUUAACCGACAUCUUCGCACAUUCACAAGGUGAAGUGCAGUGGCAUAGUCAAGUGCUUUAAAGCUAAAAAAGACGUUGGAACUGAACAUUUGUUUAUUUUUUACACAUAGAAGGAAGCGUAGCUCGAGCAUGAUAAAACUUUGAAUAAAUACUUUAUUGGGUUAAA